UCGCAGGCUUCUUUCUUCUCGAAAAGGACAAGAUCAUCAUCAUUUGAUGUAAUGUCGGAGAUGUGAAAACGCCUCUAUUUUUGCUUCCGCCAGUGAACCCACCAAGGCAUAUUCUUCUGCACAAACAGGCUCUUCACUUUCUCGCAGAAAGGCGCAGACUUGAAUGACCCAGACCCAGAAAGCUUUGCGCGGCGUUGAAGGAGCCAUGACUCCCGGGCAUUUGUAUUUGAUCUCCAGAGUUUGCAAAGAUGCAGCUGGGGCAGCUGGAAAUAUCUUUGCUAUUGGCCUGUUCGUGUCACCAAUAUCGACAUUCAGAAGAAUUGUCAGAAACAAAUCAACAGAACAUUUCUCUGGCUUGCCAUACAUAUAUGCCCUCCUAAAUUGCUUGAUUUGCAUGUGGUAUGGGUCGCCCCUUAUAUCAUGUGACAAUCUCCUGGUUAUGACGGUCAAUUCAGCGGGUGCGGUGUUUCAGUUUGUAUACAUAGUACUCUUCAUAACAUAUGCUGACAAAGCAGGCAAGGUGAGGAUGACAGGAUUUCUCCUGGCAAUUAUUGGCGCUUUUGCAGUCAUAGUUGCUGGAAGUUUGCAAAUACCUGAACUCGCCCUGCGAAGGAUAACUGUGGGGUUAUUGAGUGGUGCUUCUCUCUUAUCAAUGUUUGCUUCUCCGCUUUUUAUAAUUAAUUUGGUGAUCCGGACUAAAAGUGUCGAAUUCAUGCCAUUCUAUCUCUCUCUUUCCACAUUCCUGAUGAGCACGUCUUUCCUUCUCUAUGGAUUGUUUAAUGAUGAUAUCUUCAUUUACGUUCCAAAUGGGAUUGGAACUGUCUUGGGUAUCAUACAAUUGGUAUUGUACUUCUACUUUAAGCGUAGACCUGAAGAUAAGUUGAAGGAACCUUUGGUGGCACCAAAUGCAUGAGCAUCAGCGCUUC